ACUCGGGUUGGUUUCCGGUCGCAGCGGCGAGGCGAGCCCAUGAGAAGUCGCUUGAAACAGACAUUUAAGAAAGACAACGCGAAUCGGACAGGUUUAAAUUAUUCACUGAAAUAAUAUUAAUAAUCACAACUUUUAACACCGAGCGCUACAAGAUGGCGGACAUUAUUCAGAAGAAACUGCAAACGGAAGUCGAAAAAUACCAGCAAAUCCAAAAAGACCUCAGUAAGAGCAUGUCCGCUCGACAGAAGCUCGAGGCUCAGCUGACAGAAAACAACAUUGUGAAAGAGGAACUGGACCUGCUGGACUCUCAGAACCUGGUGUACAAGCUCAUCGGACCCGUGCUGGUCAAACAAGACCUGGAGGAGGCCAAGGGCACCGUGGGGAAGAGACUGGAGUACAUCAACGGAGAGAUUAAGCGGUACGAGACUCAGAUGAAGGAGAUGGAGAAGCGAUCGGAGCGGCACCGCGAGGUUCUGGCGGGCCUGCAGCAGGAGUACCAGAAGAGCCAGGGGAAAGUACCUGUCAAGGUCUAGAGGCAGGCAACCAUCACACUGAGACACCGAGACCGAGGCACAGUGACACACACACACCCACUGAGACACACACACACACACACACACACACCCACUGAGAGACACACACCGACUGAGACACACACACACACACACAGACUGAGAGACAGUGACAGACACACACACACACACACACCGACUGAGAGACAGUGUCAGACACACACACACACACACACCGACUGAGAGACAGUGACAGACUGAGACUGACACACACACACACACCGACUGAGAGACAGUGACAGACACACACACACACACCGACUGAGAGACAGUGACAGACUGACACACACACACACACCCACUGAGAGACACACACCGACUGAGACACACACACACCGACUGAGAGACAGUGACAGACACACACACACACACACACCGACUGAGAGACAGUGACAGACUGACACACACACACACACCGACUGAGAGACAGUGACAGACACACACACACACCGACUGAGAGACAGUGACAGACACACACACACACACCGACUGAGAGACAGUGACAGACACACACACACACACACCGACUGAGAGACAGUGACAGACACACACACACACACACCGACUGAGAGACAGUGACACACACACACACACACCGACUGAGAGACAGUGACAGACACACACACACACACACACCGACUGAGAGACAGUGACAGACACACACACACACACACACUGACUGAGAGACAGUGACAGACACACACACACACCGACUGAGAGACAGUGACAGACACACACACACACACACACCGACUGAGAGACAGUGACAGACACACACACACACACACACACCGACUGAGAGACAGUGACAGACUGACACACACACACACCGACUGAGAGACAGUGACAAACACACACACACACACACACACACCGACUGAGAGACAGUGACAGACACACACACACACACACACACACCGACUGAGAGACAGUGACAAACACACACACACACACACACACACCGACUGAGAGACAGUGACAGACUGACACACACACACACACACACCAACUGAGAGACAGUGACAGACACACACACACACACCGACUGAGAGACAGUGACAGACUGACACACACACACCCCGACUGAGAGACACUGACAGACUGACACACACACACACACACCGACUGAGAGACACUGACAGACUGACACACACACACACACUGACUGAGAGACAGUGACAGACUGACACACACACACACACUGACUGAGAGACACUGACAGACUGACACACACACACACACACACACCGACUGAGAGACAGUGACAGACACACACACACACACACACACACACCGACUGAGAGACAGUGACAGACUGACACACACACACACACUGACUGAGACACACGCACUGACAGACAGACACUCAAUUCAUUUGUGUGGCUGCUCUAGGAAUCAGUUCUUUUUAGUAGCUCUUGUUUUGCUGAGUGACUCGCGGAAGGACUUGUCUAAUUGACGGCCAACGGGAUGACAACGAUGAUGUCAGUGCUGCUUGCUGUCCCAUCAUGCAGUGCGCUGGCUGCACACUGUUCAAGAUCUUAUUUAAUGUUACUUUGUAUCACUGCAGAAUAAAACAAACACACAGUCUGCAAA